AUGACGACCAUGAUGCCGGCCGUGCGUCCGAGCACCUGUGGUCUGUACAUCGACGGCCUGCCCUUUUCUCAUUUUCUUGUCCCCGAAGAGUUCGAUCGAUCAAAAACUUGGAAGGGUGAGAGUAGCCAUGUUCCGGCCCUGUGUGUGUUUUCGUUGCGCGAAAGUUCCUGGCCAGACCAACCUGCUUCUUUCCCCCUCUGCGCUAGCUCCAAGAUGCAUGUCUCGUCCUGGUCGAUUAACCGCGACCUCGACCACUUCGAUCCGCCGAUGCUCGGCACCGCUACCAAGACCCACCAAUCAGUCCUUGCUUGUGUCCAUGAUGAAGAUGAAGUUGCAGAAUGCAGAUAUUGGCCAACUCACCGACCACGCACACAUGUGUUGGCGCGGCGCCCCGGGCGUGGCCUGACUGGUGCAGCGCGCUGA